AAAUAUUUAUGCCAACUCAACGAUAAAUAAUUGAUACCUAUAUACAUGUAAAGAAUGGCUCACCGAAAUUUCACCAAUACAUACCUACAAAGAAAAGAAGAAGAAGGAUAAAGGCUAUUCAAGUAUUCACGAUUAAUGAAAUAGAUGUUGUGAUCAAGCACAUCCUCACUGCAUAACUACAUACAUGAAUGCUGCUAAACGAUAGUUAGUUAAGACAAACUUCACGCGAAACGCUUAUCUCAGUGCUGCCUCAAACCAAAAUAAUUCCAUACUUAUUUGCCGCCUACCUCAAAGAACAAAGUCACAAUGGCACCAGCCAGCUCCGAACUGCGCUUGCCAAAGCCAUCCGACUUUGAGGGCAGCGUUCAUCACACCUCCGCACACGACGAUUACACCUCAGCUCAAGCACAACUCAAUCAAAUCUAUGCCGGCGCGAUUUCGGGCGCUUUAACACGUACUAUAACACAGCCAUUCGAUGUCUUGAAGAUACGCUUCCAGCUGCAGGUCGAACCGCUGUCCAAGAACAAAAAAGGCAAGUACACUUCACUGUGGCAGGCCAGCAAAUUGAUCUAUCACGAGGAGGGUUUACGUGGACUCUUCAGGGGACACAAUGCCGGUCAAUUUAUGAGCGUCGUCUACAGUGUCGGACAGUUUUGGUCGUACGAACAGAUACGCGCCAUAAUGCGUGACUCACCCUUCAUGUCGACGCAUAUGAACACGAUGAACUUCCUUGCUGGCGGUUUUGCCGGUUGUGUGGCAACCAUUUUCUCCAUUCCCUUUGAUGUGAUACGCACACGCAUCGUGGCACAAGAUCCCGGACAGGGCUAUCGUAAUAUGUUGCAUGCGGUGCCGAUGAUUUGGCGCACCGAAGGCAUACGCGGCUAUUUUCGCGGCCUACAGCCGACACUGGUGCAGAUUGUGCCAUUGGUGGGCUUCAACUUUAUGUUCUACAAGAAGUUCAAUGAAAUGCUGGUGCGCACACCCUUGGCACGCAACGAAUUGCUGCCCACCUGGGUGUUGCUGUGCUCAGGCGGUGCGGCUGGUGUCGCCUCCAAAGCGGUCGUCUACCCGCUGGAUUUCAUUAAGAAGCGCUUGCAGGUGCAGGGUUUCGAACAACAUCGUACGAAGUUCGGGCGUACACAGCGCUGUAGAGGCGUUUUCCAUUGCAUAGAAUUGACGAUGAAAGAGGAGGGUGUACGCGGUUUCUACAAGGGCAUGUAUCCGACGCUGAUCAAAUCCGGUCUCAUGACCGCCUUCUACUUCACCAUAUAUGACAGAUGCAAAAUGAUACUUUACCAUUACUAUCAUCUCGGUGAGGGACGUACACCACCUGCCCAGUCGUAAGGGCAUGCAUGGGGUUUGUAGGAUGGCGAAAAGUGGACAUUUUUAACUCGUGGAUUGGAUUGGCUCGACUGAGGUGUGCAUUUCUGGGCUCAACUGGACGCACCUUUACUUAUAUUUACCUCAUUAUAUACUCUAAGAGCGUAGCAUAUAGAUUGUGAUAGCGUUUAAGAGACAAAACAAAAUCACUGCUUACAGUAAAUAUUACUUACUCGCUUACUGAUUUGCGUACUAAAUACUUAUACUACAGAUAAAGUUUUGCAAACACUCAAAAGCACUUAAUUGAAUUGUAUAGGCAUGCAUUAAGAAUUAAGCUAAAACCAAUUAUUUACUCUCUAUUUCACUCUUUCUUUCUCUAUUCCCAAUACACUUGUACUACUUGCAUUAUGUAGUUUGAUUUCGAUGACAUAAAGAUACCUACCAAUAUCUUGUUUACCACAUAUUUGUAAGCUCAAAAUUAUUAUGCUAGAACUGUAUUUAGUGAAAUCGAAGUUUUUGUAAGUUUUACUUCCAAAUUUGCAUAUCCAUUUAAACCUGCUUAACAUUCGGCUCUCUUAAUGAGUGUCAAUGAUCUUGAGUAAGUAAAAGAAUUCAACGUGCUUACAAUGCAUUUCCGUACAUUCGCAUGCGAGUUUAGCCGUUUUGCUCAAAUUAAGCUUCGAUAGUUAAUUAUAACACUUUUUUUUUAAUCAUAUAUUAUUUUAUUUAUUAAAGGAAACAAUUAUAUUUAAGACGAUUUAAUCUGUCUAAGAUUUCACAAUAAAUGCUUGCUGACUAUUUGGUA